AUGCCUGCCCUCAACGCAGAACUGUCCCCUCCAGAGUUUGUGGACCGGCUCCAGAGCACCGGAGGGAUGGGCGACCACAAGAUUUCCCUGGGAGACGGUGCCGGAGGCGUGGACAACCCUGCCCUCGAGCUCACAGAACCCGAAGGAAAUCCCGAGACCGCAGCGCACCAGCAGCCUCCGAAGCCCAAGGAGGAAGGCAAUGCACCCAAAGCUCGAUUCAGGAGGAUCGAGAAAGUGACCCGGCCUUUUUCGAAGGCGAAGGGCUUUUGCAGCGCUCAUGCCAAGCUGCUCCGGAGGAUCUUCCUGGGCAUCUUGUGCGCAGGCUAUGUGGCCUACUUCGUCGCGGCCUGUUGGCUGAACUUCGACCGAGCGUUGGCGCUGGUCGUUUUAACCGGCUUGGCCGUCUGCUUCAUGGCCUACAGCCUGGUAAAGCGAUGGUGGGGUGCCAAGAUCGUCCGGAUGUUGCGCCCCUGCGGGAAGUGCUUCCAGAAAGCCUGGCCGUGGCUGAAAUGGGUCCUCUGUGCAGCCGCUCUGGUCGCUCUGGUGGCGUGGCUGGUCCUGGACGUGUCGCAGAGGCGGGAGCAGCUGGUGUCGCUGGGCGGCUUCGCAGUGCUGGUUGUGAUGCUCUUCCUCUGCUCCAAGCACCACGCGGCGGUGUCCUGGAGAGCCGUCUUCUGGGGGCUUGGCUUGCAGUUUGUCCUCGGCGUGCUCAUCAUCCGGACGGAACCGGGAUUCCAGGCCUUCCAGUGGCUCGGUGCACAGAUUCAGACAUUCCUGAAUUACACCACCGCCGGUUCCAGCUUCGUCUUCGGGGACAAAUUGAUCCAAGAAGUGUUCGCCUUUCAGGCGCUUCCCAGCAUCGUCUUCUUCAGCUGCGUGAUGUCCAUCCUCUACUACCUGGGAGUCAUGCAGUUCUUCAUUCUGAAGCUCUCCUGGCUCCUGCAGAUCACCAUGGGCACGGCCGCCACGGAAUCCCUGAGCAUGGUGGGGAACAUCUUCGUGGGGAUGACUGAAGCGCCGCUGCUCAUCCGGCCCUACCUGCUGGACAUGACCCGGUCGGAGAUACACGCGGUGAUGACGGGCGGCUUCGCCACCAUCGCUGGCAGCGUCAUGGGGGUGUACAUUUCGUUUGGGAUCGAUGCGUCGUCCUUGAUUGCUGCGUCGGUGAUGGCAGCACCAUGCGCCCUGGCGAUGGCGAAGCUCGUCUACCCAGAGGUGGAGGAGUCCAAGUUCCGGAGCCGCGACGGGGUGCGAAUCGCCUCUGGGGAGGAGAAGAACGUUCUGGAAGCCGCGGGCAACGGAGCGGCGGCUUCGGUGGGGCUGGUGGCGAACAUCGCAGCCAACCUCAUCGCCUUCCUGGCUGUGCUCGAGUUCAUCGACGCCGCGCUCUCCUGGCUGGGGGGCAUGGUCGACCUGCCGGAGCUCUCCUUCCAGCUGAUCUGCUCCUAUGUCCUGGUGCCGCUGGCGUUCCUGCUCGGGGCCAGCUGGGAGGACGCACCCCUGGUUGCCGAGCUGCUGGGAAUCAAGAUUUUCCUCAACGAGUUUGUGGCCUACCAGCAGCUCUCCACCUACAAGCAGAAGCGGCUGGACGGGCUGCCCGAGUGGAAUGGGACGCAGAAGCAGUGGAUCUCGGUGCGAUCCGAAAUCAUCACGACCUACGCCCUGUGUGGGUUCGCCAACCUGAGCUCCAUCGGGAUCAUGCUGGGAGGCCUGUCAUCCAUGGCUCCGCAGCGCAAGAGUGAAUUCUCCAGCAUUGUCCUGCGGGCGUUGUUCACCGGGGCCUGCGUCUCGCUGAUCAACGCGUGUGUUGCAGGCAUCCUCUACGUGCCCAGAGACGCGAUCGACUGCCUGCAGCUCUUCGGCUCGGCCAACCUCACCUCCACCAGCUUCCCCGUCUACGUCUGCUGCAGCGACCUGUUCGGCAGGUGGCUAUUCUGGAGCUCACCGAGUGACUCUGGGCCAGCCCCUGCCUCUCAGCCUAACCAACCUCACGGCCCAGCCUUGGAAGAGACUGGACCCCUCGGCCACCGCCUCUAUUUUAAUUUCUCAAAGUUCUUUCCAGUGGAGAGGAGACAAGCCAGCAGAGGGCACUCCUGUUCCCCGAAAAACUUCCACUGGGAACCCUCAAUUUGGUGGUGUGGCUAACUGAAAUGAUUCAACAAACUCAGAACUGUUCAUUUUUUCCACGGGGAAACACCCCACUGUUCUCUGCUGGGCGCUGGAUUAAAAGGAGGCAACCCUCGCCGUCUUCUAGACAAGCGCCUGAUGCACUUUUUCAGCAAAGCAUUGGAUCAAGUGCGUUGUAGCUUUUUCCAGAGUUAACUCAUUGUAAAAAUGGAACAAUCUAUUCAGGUAGAAUUUGGAGCUGAUAAAAGCAGUUGAGGAGGAAAUGGGAAUGCAUACAUGGACAGAGAGAGAAACAAAAGCCACCUCAGCGCACUGGCCCCUUGGGCGCCGUGCUGACACCGUGAUCUCACCUGUACGUUGUGCAGGUGUGGGGCAGAUGGCAGGGGUCACCCCUGGGAACAUCCAGCAUGCAAGCACCUGCACUGUUCUGGAGCCACAAAUGCCCACCCAGACCACCCGGCCUCUGAUCCACUGUCAAGGCACCGUUACUCUAGCUAAUACUUUGCACAAGCUCAUUUGUGGAAGCAGGUCUUUUGCUUCGUCAGCUCUACCCAUCUGAAGGAAUGCAGACCUGCACCCGCCUCUCUCGCGAAGGUUGCUCUCACAGCCAUAGACUAUGUUCUCGCAGGGAUGACUAUUUUUAAUGUUGGAAUCAGCACACUUUCUUUUUUACAAAAUAAAAUAAAAUAAAACGAGUUGAUUUCAGAUUCUAGGAGGAGGACACUAACGCUGCAGUCCUAUACAUACUCACUUAGGAAUAAAUCUCUCUAAAUUCAGUGGGACAGACCUCUAAGCAGAUAGACUCAGGACCGGGCUGUACAGGCAUCAGAAUUCAUACCAG